CAUGUAACUGUGUAGGACAUCGAGCAUGGGACACCUUGGAGGUUUAUUUCUUCUGCUCAGUCUUUUAAACUGGUGUCAUAUUUUGGGUGCUGCAGUUCCUUCGCUGCCCGACUGCCACCAGCAGCUGGAGUUCAGGUGCAGCGAUGGCUCCUGCAUCCCGAGACCGAGUGUGUGUGACGGACACGUAGACUGUGAGGACGGGUCAGAUGAACAUCUCUGUGGUCACUUUUUGUGUAAGAAAGAUGAAUUCGCCUGCCGCAGCAGACGGUGCAUAUCUCCACAUUUUCGUUGUAAUGGCGUGGACGACUGUGGCGACUGGAGUGACGAGGCAUCCUGCCAGAACUGCACCGCCCCCGACUCCUUCUUCUGUGGGCCGUCGGACAUCUGUCUGCCCAGAAAUAAGUUGUGCGAUGGGCGCACUGACUGCAGAGAUGGACGGGACGAGGCUCAACAGUUGUGUAGUUUGUCUCGACCGCCCCCGCAGACCUCUCCCACGUGUACGCCGUCUGAGUUUCAGUGUGGAGAUGGGCUGUGCAUCCGCCAGACCUGGAGGUGUGACCACUCACCAGACUGCUCUGAUGGGAGCGACGAGGACAACUGUACACAAUACAAAAAUCAGAACGAGUGUCAGGUCAAUAAUGGUGGCUGCUCUCAUCGAUGUGUGGACCAGCUGCUGGGUUUCCACUGCGACUGCCCCGAUAACAUGAGGCUGGUCGGGGACAGCCAGUGUGAGGAGGUCGACACUUGCCUGGAGAGCGAUGUGUGCGAUCAGCUUUGUGUUCACUCAAAUAGCAGACUCACCUGCGACUGCAACAAGGACUACCAGAUGAAUCCAACAACCAGAGAGUGCAAGGCCAAAGGGGAAGAGGCUCAGCUGGUUUUCACCUCUUCUAAGGGAAUACACUGGAUUAGCAUCACUGGCUCAGAGUACAGGGAACCAGCUCCACAUUUACCAGGACCAGGGCCAGUGGCGGCUUUGGCCUCCAACCGAACUCUGUACUGGGCCCAGCAAGGCCAAGGCUCCAUAUACAGAGUCUCCCUGGAGGGAAAGAAGGAAGAUUCGGUGUUGGUGCUGAAAUUUCAAGGUUCGGCGUCGGGCCUGGCUGUGGACUGGAUCCACCAGCUCCUCUACUGGACCAGUGUGGAGAGCGGUUCUGUUAACGUGGGCCUGCUGGAUGGUUCUGCUCAGCGUCGGCUCAUCACAGGACUGGACAAACCUUCUGCGGUGGCUGUGGAUCCUCUCCAAGGGCUGCUCUUUUGGGUUCAGUGUGGCAGUUCCCCAAAGAUUGAGAGAGCUAGCUUGGACGGUCGGGACAGGAUGUCUCUGGUCAUUUCCUUAUUACGCCAGCCUGUUGCUCUCUCUCUGGAUAUGCCUCGUCAGCUGCUGUACUGGGUUGACCAGGGAAUGAGAAGCAUCUCCAGAGUAAAUCUAGAGGGCCGUCAUCGCAAAACAGUGGUAGAGUCUAAUGGUUAUCUGGACCGGCCCUUCGGACUGGCUGUGUUUGAGGGUUUUGUAUAUUGGAGCGAAGAAGUGACGCGCUCCAUCUGCCGAGCUAGCAAACACAACGGCGGCAACUUCCAAGUACUGCUGUCAAACGUCACCUCACCGGGUGGCGUGGUCGUCAUUCAGCCGGUUCUCCAACCAAAAGGGCCAUCUGAAUGCGGACAUACUGGGACGGUGUGUGAGCACGAGUGUGUUGUCGACCUGCUGCCUGAGCGUCCAGAGUUCAGCUGCACUGCUGCAGAUGCUACAUUUGCUGGAAUACUCUCUCUUAUCGUGUUUCUCAGUGUGCUGCUGGUGGGAAUGGCUCUGUGGUGGUGGAGAGAGGAGUUCAGGCCAUCCAGGUCUCUCACUGAGCAGAGCUUCUCCCUAAAAGAGUCCCAGGACCCGCUCAUCAUCCAGGGGCCGCACAUAGGUCCAAACCAAUGUCUCGUCAAGGAAACUCUGCUUAAGCUGGACUUGGAUGGCGAAUAAAGAAGGUGCGACACAGAUGGCCUGCUGACUGGGCUUGACCCAGUGCUGUCUCAACCCCUGCAGUGACCUCAGGGCUGCAGGUUAAAAAUCAUGACACGGUGGUAAAUACCAGAGUUCAGAUGGGGAAAAGGCUUUCAAAUGGUAACUUCUGUUUUGAAGAAGUUUAACUUUUAGCCCUCCAGAAUUCCCCUCCGUUGAUGUUAUGAUGAUUUUUGUUUUUAUUCUUUUGAACAAAUGUACAUACAAAAAAUGUUGUGCUUUGAUUAUCAGCACAGAUGAAAAUAUUUGACGAACCCUGUUAUGAACCAUUUUGCUGAGAAGGUUAGAAUAUUUUUCUUUUCUUUUUUUUUUUUAAUUCUACAGCCCGAACGCUUAAUUGGUUGAUUGACAGUAAUUGAAAGUUACAGUGGUACUGCAGAUUUUUAUUUAAACUUAAGUUGCACUUUGCCUUUCAACCUUUAUUUCAUCUUCUUGCAAUCAAAAGUAUACUAUUGCAAUUGAAGUUUUUAUUUUUUUUAUUUUACUAUUUCAACCUCAAACAGAAGUAUUAUGAAUACUGUUACUUAAAAACUGGUGCUCAACUAGUUUGACCUUUACCUAAGAAAGUUUCACGUUUCUUGGUUUGUCACUCAGAGAAAUCAAUUAUUGUAUUGUGAAUAUCUGCCUUGUCCAAUGAACAGUCUAAUCGAAUAGUUAAUUUGGUGAAAUACACUUAUUCUCUUUCUUGCCAAGAGUUAGUGGAGAAAAAUUGAUACCAGUAGUAUUGAUCUUCUCAUCUAAAUCCCCAUAUUAAAUGGUGGACGGACAUUUUCAUCCCGACAGGGUUGAAACAUUGCCUUUGUUCAGACCAGGUACUUUUUGCGGAGCUUUAAUCCUGUGUGGAGUUACUCUAAUUGUCUUUCUUUCAUCUGUUAUCCUGCUCUUUGCCUACAGUAAAUAUAGGACAGGAAGUGCACACAAUUAGCUGUAAAAUCUCAUGCAUUGUCAUAAACGGGCAGCGAUGAGUGAUGCGGCAUUAAUGCGCCUAUUCAUAACCCGUUUUUUGUAGGCUAAAAGUUCACUUAAGUGGCCUUUUUGAAGUUACAUAAAUAAAACAAUACCAUUGGUUUGAUUCUUAACAGGCUACUCCUCUGCAAUAAACCCAUCUGGAAUUGUGUCAUUGUAGCACCCUUUGGAUAAAAUCAUCCAUCUAAUAACUAUAAGGUAUAGCUGUACGCUUCAUUACACUUACACCUUUUACUGUUUUUUGUUUUUGCUCCAUCAAGCAAAGGUUCCUCUUUUUCUGUCUUUGAGUGUUGGUAGAAAUAACCUGUGCAACACUGGGAAACAGAUGUUCUUUGUUUUGUUUUGGGAAAUGUCUCCUUGAGGUUUGGUUUUGCUCUGGUGCACAGAGCCUCGUGUUGGUGUGAAUGUUUGGGUGAUCAACUUGCCUUGUUUGAAUUCAGUGUCUUUGUGUUAUUUUUGUUAUUUUAGUUUCAAAGGAAGUCUGUUGAAACAAUAUAAAUCCAUCUGCAAUAAGAGUGGGAUACUUAUGUGCUCAAACUUCUGAAUUGUGUGGUUGGUAUUUAUUUCUGAUGAAGAGUUUUAUUUAUUUUUCGGUCAGCAUUACAUUAAGUGUAAUACUGUUUUGCACCAUGGAUAAAACUGUUAAA